ACUGAUCAUGCGUGACUGACAUUGACAACAACUAAGAUACGACCAAUCCGCGAGAAAAACUUUCUAGUAGAAUACCCGGAUGUACUAAACCCGGAAAUACCUCUGCAAUCACGGACCAUAGCGAGUUCUCUGCUUGCUGUGUAACUCACUGGUAGCCGGGAAUGGUUAAAUAUCCUCAAAUUGUGGAUUUACUGAAUUUAUGUAAAAUGGACAAAUGUAUUUGCUGUCUGAUCUUUCUAUUACACAGUGUCAGUAGCACGAUAAAUGAAGAAACAGAACAUCUAGGUCUUCAUCUUGGUGAUAAAUUAGACUUUGAUGAAGAGGGCGCUAGACAUCUGUAUGAACAUCUCAGCGAAAUCAUCGACUUACCUGAUGACUUCCAAUAUGGAAAGUUUUCUAAUGAACAAGGUCGCUUCUUCUUCUUUAUUAGUCAUGAUUUUGACAGAAAUAACAAAUUAGAUGGUUUGGAGUGUUUGGCGUUACUCACUGAUUUCUACGAUCCAAAGGAUUCUAAAUCAUCUGGAAAACUAGUUAGCGAGUUAUCAAUAACCGAAGUAGUGACAUUGGUAGACGAGUUAUUGUUUAAGCAUGAUUUGGACGGCGAUGGUUACAUAGACUUUGCUGAGAUAAAUAACCCAAAUGUGGAGUCUGUAUGGACAAAAAUGAGUGAAGUAAUAGAUGUAGUGGAGAAAAGACUAGAAGAAGGGCACGUACUAACAGAUCCACACAUACAUCAUCCAUCGGAAGAAGAAGAGACCCUAAACCUUACAACAAAGAUUUAAAAAUACUUUCUUAUACUCUACUUGAAUAGUUGCAUAAUUGUUGCCAUAUAUUAACAACAAAAUUGAUUUAUAAUUGUAGCCUAUAAGAAAUUAGGUCCAUUUGAUCCAAUAUUAACAAAGAAAUACUAGAAAAAUACAUUUUUGCUGUAAAAUU